AUGGCGGACCAUAACACCCACUUACCCCCUCUUGGCUCAGACUUUGUAUUCACUGUCUCGUCUUCGGCCCUGAUUGAUGCUCCAAGAGAAAAGGUGUGGUCUAUUCUUCUCGACUUUUUGUCGUACAAGGAAUGGAACACAUUUGCGCGAUCGUUCACCAUUACCGAUGCCUCGGGGAACCCUCUACCUGACCAAACGCCAGCCGAGGGAAAAUACAUGGCGAUCAAGGUGAACAUGCCGCCAAAGCUGGGGGAGCCAGGAUGGUUUGGCAGUAGUUCUGCCUUUGUCACCAUCUCGACUUUGGAUCCAGAAAAUUAUCGCGCUGCCUGGAAGACCACCGGAAUACCUUACUUCAUUCUGCACACGGAGCGGUGGCAGGCCUUGAGUGUGGACGAGGCCACGGGAAAGACCAAGUAUGAGAACAUUGAGGCGUUUGGUGGGCUCGCAGCGUAUCUUGUGUGGUUGUUCGUUGGCACAAAGCUCAAGGUCGGGUUCGCUGCUACCGCGGAGUGCUUGAAGAAGCGAGCAGAGGAGAAGUGA